GGAGUGGCAAGCUUGCGGGCGUGGCGGAGCGAGAGGAGCUGCCGGCCGGCCGAAGCGCGACUGCUACUGCGGACUCGGAAAGAAGAAAUGAUGUAAACCAUUCACUAUCCCGACUUUAAGGUCAAGGUGAGAAGGAAGGUCAGGAGGAACAUGGCCUGGCCAAAUAUUUUUCAAAGAGGAGCUCUGCUCUCCCAGUUCAGCCAUCAUCAUGUGGUGGUGUUCCUGCUCACCUUCUUCAGUUACUCGUUGCUCCACGCGUCAAGAAAAACAUUUAGCAAUGUCAAAGUCAGUAUCUCUAAGCAGUGGACCCCAAGUGCUUUUAACAAGUCAAUUGAACUGCCUGUAGAGAUCUGGAGCAGCAACCAUUUGUUUCCCAGUGCAGAGGAAGCCACUCUUUUCCUCGGAACACUUGACACCAUCUUCCUCUUCUCCUAUGCUGUGGGCCUUUUCAUCAGUGGUAUCGUUGGGGACCGGCUUAAUUUGCGAUGGGUUCUGUCUUUUGGCAUGUGCUCCUCUGCAUUAGUGGUGUUUGUCUUUGGCACUCUCACAGAAUGGCUGCAUUUCUACAAUAAGGGGCUAUACUGUAGCCUGUGGAUCGUGAAUGGCCUGCUGCAGUCCUCUGGUUGGCCGUGCGUCGUUGCUGUUAUGGGCAACUGGUUUGGGAAAGCUGGACGAGGAGUUGUUUUUGGUCUCUGGAGUGCCUGUGCCUCAGUGGGCAAUAUUUUGGGAGCAUGUCUAGCUUCUUCCGUUCUGCAGUAUGGUUAUGAGUAUGCCUUUCUGGUGACGGCGGCUGUGCAGUUUGCUGGUGGGAUCAUCAUCUUCUUUGGACUCUUGGUAUCACCCGAAGAAAUUGGUCUCCCAGGUAUUGAGGCCGAAGAAAAUUUUGAAGACGACUCACACAGGCCAUUAAUUAGUGGUGCUGAAAAUGAAGAUGACGCUGAGCCUAAUUAUUCAAUCCAAGAAGACAAGACUAUUACCCAAGUCAAGGCGAUAAGCUUUUACCAGGCUUGUUGCCUUCCCGGAGUUAUAGCGUAUUCACUGGCCUAUGCCUGCUUGAAGUUAGUGAAUUACUCCUUCUUCUUCUGGUUGCCCUUUUAUCUGAGUAAUAACUUCGGAUGGAAGGAGGCUGAAGCCGACAAGCUGUCCAUUUGGUACGAUGUUGGAGGAAUUAUAGGUGGAACUCUGCAAGGCUUCAUCUCUGAUGUUCUACAGAAGAGAGCCCCAGUGUUAGCUCUCAGUCUGCUUCUGGCCGUCGGGUCCCUCGUUGGAUAUAGUCGUUCCCCAAAUGAUAAGUCCAUCAAUGCGCUUCUGAUGGCUGUCACAGGAUUUUUUAUUGGUGGACCUUCUAAUAUGAUUAGCUCUGCUAUUUCUGCGGACCUGGGUCGUCAGGAGCUGAUCCAAGGCAGCACUGAGGCUUUGGCGACCGUCACAGGAAUAGUUGAUGGAACCGGGAGCAUUGGAGCUGCGGUGGGCCAGUAUUUAGUGUCUUUGAUCCAGGACAACCUAGGAUGGAUGUGGGUUUUCUACUUUUUCAUUCUUAUGUGUCAGCCACCGGAGAUGCUGACCAGAGUGAAGGCUGGGCUGUUUUUCUACACUACAGGAAUUAUUGUUAAUGAUUUUUAUCACUGUUGUUUCAUGAAUGUACUGAAUGGCCUGUGAAUCUGCCAGUGUCUUUGUUGGCCUGUGGAGGUUUAUCCCUUUAACCGUAAAUGCUGUAUUGGACUUGGACCCAAGUUCUCCAGUCUGGAAAGCCGAGUGACCACAAGGCAGUCAGGCAUGGUUUGUAUCAGUGACGUGCUCCACGAAUAGAAAGGAUCGUUGCAUUUUGCUUUGGUCAUGAGUUUGCAGAGCGUGCCUCAUCUCUGAAGCAUCAAAUCCGGAUAAAGCACUCUAGCUGGGUCCAGCGUAAGCCUGCUUGGACAGAGAAUCCCUUUGUUAACCACGGUGGGAAAAAUCACACUACAUGCUGAUUGGCUCAGUCACUCUGUAUCUGCUCUAAAGUCGUUCAGCUCCAGAAGCAGAAAUAUCUUCAAGUGAUUGUCAACUUGUUCUCCUCCGUCUUCAUUCAGAAUUCCCUUUGGCUCCUGGAAGUCUUUAGUCUUCCUUUCAAGGACCAUAAGGUACCUCAAUUGUGAACAUGCCAGUGUGUAAUUUACGACUGAAGUACUCAACCCCAGAUUUGUUCUCUGGGAACUUUAGGAUCCACUAGGAAGCUAAUGUGCUUAGCCCUAUUUUCAGAGGAUUGAUCUCUGUCGCAGCUGGGUUCCUUGCAUUACCUCAGCAGAAGACUAGAAUUAGAGAAAAAAGAAAGACCUUUUGGCCCUGUAAGUGUUAAGUAUGUGACCUUGAAUCACAUUAAUGGAUUACUAGGGCCUGAGGUGUAUCUAGGUAUCUAUUCUUUAGAAGUUUGUAGAAUAUAUGUCUUCAAGGCUGUGAAUUCUAUACUAAUUAUCAAUAUUUUAAGGUCAUACUGUAUAUAUAUUUUAAAUUAUGGAAGGUAACAGGUGAAAACUGCAAUUUUGAGGGCUGCCUAAUUUGCAUUGGGUUAGGGAAUAUUUUUCAACCUUUUGCUUUAUACUCUCAAAUGUGGUGCGUUUAUGAACUUGUUAAUGUUAUUUAAUCAAGCAGAUUUCCAAUCAGUUAAUUGCUCAUUACUGACAAAAAGGGAAAAUAUGAAACACAGAAAGGGAAAAUAAACUGACUUUUAUAAUAAAUAUCUGUCCACCUGGUUAUUUUAUAUAUACCGUGAGCUCCGCGCUGUAGAAUGUGACUCAUGCCUUGCAAUUUCCUGCUACUGAGUGUUCCCUGGUGACUAUUCACUGACCCUACGGUGUUGCCAGAUUGUACAGGUCUAUUUCUACUACAUUCUGUGAAAGCCUUCCCUUCCCCUUUGUGUAAGAUUGUGCUGAGUUUGGAUGAGCUGCCUAGUUGUAAUUUAAGAAUCAUCUCUAGAUGAACCCCAUUUUGAUUAUUUAGACCCUGUCUGACAUUUGGCUGAGAGUUUCCUCUCCCCCUACGUAAUCAGCGUGGUCACAUCUGCGUAUCCUGACACCAACCAUUGUUUUCUUUCUCAAGUUUAAACUUAGCUGGACAGGUGUUCCUCUGACC